GAGGAAUCCAUAUCUCUUCAUCCCCAUUCCACGCUCGAACCACGCUCAAACUACGCUCAAACUACGCUCAAACCACUCUCGCACCACGCUCCCGCCAACCAUGGCCCUCCCAGCUCCCAUCCUCGAUUCCAUGCCAAAACGCUUUCUCCUCACGCUGCCUCUGGGCAAGCGUAUGCCUCCCCUAGUCGACCGGAAUUGGAUGUCUUAUCGCCUGAUGACUCUCUCGCGCGGUCAACUUGAGCAACAAGCUGCCCUUAAGGAACCCGAUCUCCGCCGUUGUGUCGGCCAUGCUCGCCUUCAUCGCCACUCGUUGGAGCUGACUCACCGCGACCUCAUGCGCUUGAUUGAGUCCUACGCCAUGGACGAAGAUGACGAAGACUAUGACUCAGACGAGGAAGCCGUUUCGUGAACUGGCUUCAACUCUCUUCGACCUGCAUUAUGACCACUGCCAUGUGCUACCGUCCUACGUAGACACUACUUUCUAUUAUCCAGCCCUCCCUCGGUCGCCAGUCUCCGGAAACUACACCGGAUUCUCGCAUAGCUUCGCGGUCAACGCCUCAUGGGCAACGAUCCGCUUCUACAGAAGCCCCUUCGUCACAGUACGGUCAACGGACGAGAAGGACAAGAGCCGUCUAGACCCAAAACACGACCGAACGAUGAAAUUCGAUCCGUGAACAAAUAACACUUCAUCAAUCAGAAUAAUCGAGUCGACGGGCACAUAUCGCGGCUUUUCACGGGAAUCUCCGUUCGAUUUUGAUCUGAAGGCCAAGUCCUUCGUGAAUAUUUAGCAACUCAAUAUCCUCUCUCUGAAUGAGGUGCCAAUAAUCCCCUCCAUCCCUGUUGGGAUCACUCGAGGCUGGAAAACAUGUAUAUUAGGAUAGUUAUACCGUCACUUCGGGAUAGACAAUCUAAUGAUAAUACCGCCACGGUAACUAUUCUUGGCUGCCAA